AAAAAAAAAAUCCGUUGAAUUUCGGCAUUCAUGUUUGGUUUGGUGGUCCAUUCUUUUCUCAAAUUUCAUCAUUUUUUUCUUUGUUUUGGUCAUUUUCAAAAACUUUUUUUUUUAAAAAAGAAUAAUUUUUAAAAUGAAUAUUUUUAAACGAAUAACAUCAUUUGCAUCGAAUUCAUGGCGUGAUUUUAUCGAAAAUCAUGAACCAAUUAUUGAUACAGAAUCCACUUUAUCGAAUAUUAAUGAUGAUCAAUCACAUGCUAAUGAUGCUAUUGAUGCAACGAAAAUCAUUGAAAAUGAAGAAAAUUUUUUCAUUCGUAAAUCAUUGUCACAUUUGUUGUUGAAAAAACGUGUUCAUAAGAAAAAAACUGUAGCAUCAAUUUUGAUGGAUGAUCCACGUUCACCUACAAAUGUUUUUGCUCGAACACCUAUAUUAAUCGAACGAAUCGAAUAUAAUGAUGUAUUGUCACCGUUUAAUGUUACCGAUAUGCUUGAUGCAGUCGAAACGGCUAUCGAAUGUAAUGAAAAAACUUUGAUUGAAAAUGAUUUUUCAUUGAAAUCGGUUGAGCCUAAAACUCCUGUAGCUAAUAAUGAUAAUAAUGAUAAUGUUAAAACAGAAAUGAUCGAAAAAUCGGAAACAAUUAUCAAAAAUGAAAAUAAUGAUAAAAUUCUAAAAAUUGAUGAAAUAUGCGAUUGGAAUCUGAUGGAAUAUAAAGAGAAACAAUUGACUGAAUCAAUGAUUGUUGAAACAUCAACUAAUACGGCCGAUAUGACUAAAGAUUCAAUGUCGAAUCAAUCCGAAACUCGAUCAUUAAUCGAUUAUGACGAUGAUGAGGAUAUUGAGAAUACAAAUUGUAAAGUUAUUGGUUAUAGUGUAAAAACAAUUGAAAAUCAUCAACAAAAUUUGAAUGAUGAAAAUUUUGCCGCUUCAACACCUAAAAAACAAGGCAACAACAAAUCAAUUAAACAACAACAGCAGCGAACACCAUUGAUGUCAAUCAGUAAUAGUCCAUUGGUUAGAAAACAGAUUCCAAAAAACCAUCCAAUCAACAAAAAACGAAUUACGAAUGUUCAACGAAAAUUGAAAAAACAGCCAUCAACACCAAUGACACCAUUGAAUCGAAAUCAGAUUCAACAAAAUCUAAUCACAUUCGACAAAGAAAAUUAUUGAAUUGAAUACUUUUUGAUAAAAUAUUUUGACUCGAGAUCCUCUUUUUUUGAAUU